GGAAAAAGUAUCACCAAUGUCUAAGCCUGAUAUCUCAAAACUACAUCUUUGUCAACAUUCUUUUUUGUUUCUCCAUAACUACUUGGGCAAUUCUAAUGGGGUUUGGAUCAUUUGAAAGCUGAAUGAAUUUGCGAUUUAGCAAUGAUGCUGAUUUUCAUUUCAGGUGAUAAAAGUCCAUAUAUCAUAUUUUAUAUUUUGAACAACAAACAAAUUUUUUUCCACUAAACUAAGAGGAAAUUUCAAAAUCCGAAUUGUUACAAAUUUAGGUAUGGCUAUAGAGUAUAUGUGGUAUCUUUUUCAACAAGUUCAGUCAAUGGAUAAGUGAGAUACAUAAAUUAUUUAGAUUUUUUAAUAACUUCAUUGUUUAUUAUUCAAAGGAUAUGAAACAUGGUGGUGUGAUUUGGAGUAAGCUGUAUACAGCCAGCCCACCUGCUGCAAGGCAUGAUGUGUUUAGAUGUUAUAGGCUGUUAUGUCAUGACGUCUGUAACCAUAACCAUCACCGAGGAGUUAAAGGCUGAAAGAUAAUGUAAAAAAUAAUGCAAAAAAACAAAAUAAGAAAUUUUAGCCUGAAAAAAUACUAAUGGUUCCUUUAUUAAAAAUCAGAUUUGAUCUAUUUUUGCUGUCUUCAAGGAAAUUACUUAAUUAUUAAUUGCUGAAAUUAUUGUUGAAGGUCUUAAUUGAUGUGCUGUGUUAGCAGUAAGACUGUAUAUUAAUGUAAAAGACUUGUUACGCAUUCUGUUUUGGGUGAUCUUUUUUAAAGUUUGAUAUUAACAGUGUUCCCUGGUAUCAGUAAAAUUAUUUGGAAUUUGCAAUGCCACUAUGGCAAAUUCUCAAGUGGAUAAGAUAAAUUAAAAUUUUCUGUUAACCCAUUCACGCCAGUAUAUUUUGAAGCCAAAAAUAAAAGAUUCCGGGCGGCUACAAAAUUGGUGGGCGGAGUUUCCCCGGAGUCUGUCCGCCCACUGGCUGCGCUCGCUGCUGCAUCAGAGUGCGAGCCCCAAUACAGUGUUACACCGGCGGGACGCCUGGCAAUGUUUAUUUUUUCAGGUGUCACAUAUGUGGGACACCCGUUAUUAUUGGAAAUACACUAGAGAUGGAGGAGGGUAUACUCUCACUGCGUUGGAAUAAUCAUCGAUCUACAUUUUUCCAUAUUUUAUCUACACUUCAUAGGAAGGAACUUUACAGUGAUGUAACGUUAGCAUGCAAUGGUAAAUUUUUCCCAGUACAUAAGUUGGUGCUUUCAGUGUGUAGUGAAUAUUUUGAGGAAAUGUUUAAGCAAACCACAUGUAAACAUCCCAUAAUAGUACUUAAGGAUAUUCUUCAUGACGACCUUGAAGCGCUUCUCAAUUACAUGUAUGCGGGCGAGGCAAAUGUAGCGCAAAAUGACCUUGCCAGAUUAAUUAAAGCUGCUGAGUGUCUAAGAAUCAAAGGUCUUGCCGUCCCGGAUGAAGCCCCCCCUUCCAGUGAGAGUAAAAGAUCCCAUAACGAGGGGCUGAGAGAGGAAGCGCCUCACCCCAAGCGGCGGAAACAUGAUGACAGCUCAUCGGCCUCCUCCAAGUCGAGUCAAGGACGACAGUCAGAGGAUGAACCCAAAGAUAAAAAUUGCAAGGAAUUGUCCAGCUGUAUGGAACAACAGCAACAACAGAGUGGAAGAUAUAGUGGGCAGAGUACGGGGUUACAGCAAAUAACAAGUCCGGAACUACAACUUGAAUUAGAAAUGGGGAGAUCAAGUCAAGAUGACAACAGUGCUACACAAGAUCUUGCUGAGGUUGUCCUGGAUGAACAGCCGCUGAUCAAAGAGGAGAUCCAGGAACCCAAGCAUGAACACGAUGAUGACAUAACUCACCAAACGGACUCGGAGGCAAGCAUCAGUUUUGACCCCCUAAAUUCUGGAGAUGAAAGAGGAGGGGGUACAGGCAUAUAUGACCCACAGCUGAUGGUAUCACACCCACAAAGUGUCCUACAAGAUAUCAUGGUGCAAGGGGUCCCGGGCCCAUCUGGACUGCCCACGGUAAGUUGAAGAUUUGGCAUGGUG